AUGAGUGGCGCUAGCCGCGAUGACGACGGAGGCGGCAUGGUGAUUGAUACAGGCGAGGCUGGGCUGGAGGGCGAUAGGUUGUGUACUGGCGGUGAUACCACUCCAGUGAUGAGUGCAAAACGGAAUUGCGUUCCCUCCUCACCUCCUCUCCUUGCUGAGGGCGACGAGGGCCGGAUCGAAGCAGGCCUGGCGUACAUUAGAUCCACCCUGAAAUCAGCCAUGACUGAAGCCAGGGCAGUAGGAGUUAGAUCGGGAUCCGACGGUCUCAUCAAAUCGCUUGAAAAUAUCUUUGACACCGUGUCGCAGAUGUUGACGAGGAAGGGGAAGUUGAGAACACCACUUCACCCCGCAUCAAAAAAGGCGAGGAGCCUAGUGGAGCUGGGCUCAGCAACCAGGGACAUCGGUAGACCGGAGAUGGUUGAUGUCGGUACCGACACCAUUCUGACUCCCUAUUGGUGGGCGAGCGAACAGGAGUGCCGGGAGGAGGAGACGGCCGGAGGCCGUACACGUGAGGCAGGUGCGAGAGAGCCGCAAGCGUCGGCAGCGCAAAUAUGUCACAGGGCCGAAUCCGCUAGGGAAACGGAUCCUGGGAUAUAG